AUGGCAAAAGGCGACAUCGCCCUCACCGACGUCCUUGCAGACGCCACUGCAGCCGAGGCGACCCAGAAAUCGGCGGCUCGAAUGCGGAGGCCCGAGGCCGGGGACCGCAACGCGACCAAGACGCACUCCGAACAGGAAACCAGGCCCAGCCCUCCUGCCGCCCCAAUCCUGGAAUGGGAAACCCCUAGGGGACCAUGGUCCAGGAUUCACAUAGAUUUUGCCGGGCCCACGAAAGGCCACACUUUCCUCAUCACGGUAGACGCUUACUCCAACUGGUUGGAGGUAAGCAACAUGAGGACUACCACCACGGAGGCCGUCACCAAGGAACUCAGCAAACUAUUUGCAACCCACGGCCUCCCAGACGUCAUCGUAUCCGACAAUGGGCCCCAAUUUACCUCGCUGGAAUUUGAAAAAUUCCUAGCGGAGCGGGGGAUACGACACGCGUUGACAGCGCUGGCACAUCCGGCGGCGAACGGGAGGGCGGAACGGAUGGUUCAAUUUACAAAAAAAACUAUCCAAAAGAUAGAAAACGGGGAAAUCCAAGAGAAAAUAAACAAAAUGCUUUUCAUACAACACAUAACCCCGAAUACAACAACCAAUAAAAGCCCGGCAGAACUACUGAUGGGGAGA